AUGGCUUCCCAAUAUCGUCCGCAGUAUCCACAACAGCGCGUGCCCCAACCACAAUUGGGGCCUGCCCGCAGACCGCAAGGUCCAGGUGGUCACAUGCCGCAUGCAGCAUAUCAGCAAUCAGAAGCAGCUCGUAUAGAGAACGAGCGUCGCCAAAUAGACAUCAUGACGAAAGCAAAAGAGGAGGAAGAAGCUCUCAAACGGAGGGCGAUGCGUCCGACCGACAAGAAGAUGCCAGACGGCGUAAAUAAACUCAUCGUUGGCGAUGGGGUCACGCAAUACAAGCAGCUACGGGGAGUAGAGAGAAAACUCGACAGUGUCAUGAUGCGCAAGAGAUUGGAUUUCGAGGAUGCAAAGUCAGGGCAAGGAAUCUCAAGCGUGGGAGGUGCGAAUUACCCGGGCCUUUCUCGUGGUAGGGAUACCACUUUAAGAGUGUGGAUCAGCAACACAGUGGAGAACCAACCAUGGCAGAACUCGGCUAUGGAGGACAAUGCUUUUGAUUUCACGAUGGGAUCUGAGGCGACCUACAGGGUCAGGAUCGAGGGGAAAGUUGUCAAUGAAAGCAAUGACGAGGAGCCAGAAAGCGACGAUGAUAGUGACAACGAGAGGAGGAAUGACGAUACUAUGGAUACGGCUGCAGAAGGGGAGAAGGACGGCGAAUCGGCAUCGAAGUCGAAGGCGGAGCGGCCCAGGCUAGAGGAGUCGGAAAAAAAGACGAUGUUGAGUCACUUUUUCAAAAGCAUCACAAUCGACUUUGACAGAGAUCCCAACCAACAACCAGACCAGAUGACGCAAAUUGCUUGGAAGAACGAGGGGAGUCAGAGUUCAGUGAAGGACAACUUUGACAGUUUGGAAUUUGAGCGCAAGAGCGACGAGAAUAUCAAUUGUACGAUCAAUUUCUAUCGAGACGAGCAGCAAUGGUCAGAAAGGCAUUCACUCAGCAAGCCUUUAUCGGAUUUGCUUGACACCACGGAGGAUGACCGGACUUCGAUAAUGAUGGGGAUAUGGGAGUAUGUGAAGGUCAAUGGCUUGCAGCAGGACGAAGAAAAGAGGCAGAUACACUGCGACGAGAAGAUGAGAGCUGUCUUUGGUAGAGACAUCAUCUACUUCCCACACAUACCGACUUUACUCGAGAACCACCUAUCACCCCUGUCGCCACUUUCGGUUCCCUAUACAGUUCGUGUUGAUCCCGAAUACCACUCCUUACCAUCAGAAAAGCGCUACACGAUCUAUACCUUCCAAAUACCCACUGCGGCGAUCCCACCAUCGGUGCCGAAUCCUGACGUCGAAGACCUCAAGAGCCUCAAGCGCAUGGAUGACCACCUGGCACUGCUCAUUCAAGCAAUCGGUAAAAGCCAGCGCAAACACAGCUUUCUAUCGCAACUGUCCAGGGAUCCAGUCACGUUCACGCAACGAUGGAUGUCAAGUCAACGGCGAGAUCUAGAGGUUGCUCUGGGUGAAUCCGGUAGGUUUGAGGACCCUGCCAAUUUGGGCGGUGUGUGGUCACAAGGCGGUCACGAUGGGGUUUGGGGCAAGCAAGAAGUGAAAGAGGCAGUGGGAGUGAUGGUGCAGAAACCGGAAAAGGCCGGCAGAACAUUCUGA